GAAGAAAUUGGAGGGUAGAAGCCCUUCAGGGGCAUAAUAGUCAAUUCGAGGAGUAUUUCUGUGCUUAGGUGAAGGAAGGCAGUCAGGCAAUUAUCUACCUUACCAAACCACCGCGGCGUACGGUAGCAUUGCUUGCCACUCCACGCUCCACUAUAUAUUAGCGGAAAAUAGAAAAAGGAAACGAGAUUGAAAAGAUUUGGGCACUGCAGUGGGAGUCUCUCUCGAAUUGGUUCCACUUGUCUCUCUUUUUUUCUUCAAUUUCAUCAAUAUAUUGCUUCAUUCCGCAAAAGGAAGCUUCCCCUAAGAUUUUGCUCGUGGCAUAUACAGAAAGAGAAAAAGCACGCAAACUUGCACAUUUUAAAGAAUGAGGGCACUGAACGAAGCUUCCACCAGCACUGAAUUAAUAAACACUUUAUUUAGAAGCAGAAGUGAGGUGGCCCUAGAUCUAAUUGCUGCUGUAAAAGGACUACACGAGCUUAGCCCACAACAGCUCAGUAAACUAAUCAGGGAUUCUGGGAACAAUGUUGUUCGGCACAUUGCUGAAGAUGGAUCACACAUACAGGUUGACUUGGAAAAAUUUGCAAGGUAUCUUCCUCUGCACCUCAUCGCGGUGAUUAUGUCUUGGGAAAGGGACAAGUCCACAUUCAAGUACUUGUUAUGUGGAAUUCUUCUGUUGCAUUCCAUGUGUGAUCUUGCAUCUCGGGUCCCCAAAUUUGAGCAGAUAUUGCUUGAUGAUGUGAAAGUAUCGGAACAGUUAAUUGACCUGGUCUUUUAUAUUCUAGUUCUCCUUGGUGCAUACAGACAGGAACACAACAACAUUCCCAAUGAUAUGGUUCUCUUGCACUCGGCCUUGGUUGCUUGCAGUCUGAAAUUGCUAACGGUGAUUGUCUCUCCACAGUUCCAAGAGGUUGCUCAAGUGCUGAUUGCAUACCAUAAGGUUGACAUAUUUAUGGAUGCAACAUUUUCUGCUGUUUGCAUCGAUGUUCAAUUUCUCCAGACAAAGCUGUCUGAGGAACAUGCUGAUUCCUCUGCAAACAUUUCCCCUACUGCUGAAGAGACCUUGAAUCAUCUAUGCCAGCAGUGUGACUCCUCUCUGCAAUUUCUGCAGUCUCUGUGUCAGCAGAAGAUGUUUAGAGAAUGCAUUGUCAAGAAUAAGGAGUUAUGCGGCAAUGGCGGUGUUCUUAUACUGGUCCAGUCAGUUAUGAGCUUAAAGAUAUCACCUUUGUACAGUACAUCCUUGUAUAUGGCUUCUGUCUCUCGGCUGAAGUCGAAAGCGUUAUCUAUUCUCUUGUACCUCUGUGAAGCAGAGAGCGUAUCCUACCUCGAUGAGGUUGCCAGCAAUCCUGGAAGUCAAAAUUUGGCAAAGUCUACUGCACUACAGGUUCUUGAAUUACUGAAGAAAAUGUUUGGUAUAGAUUCUAGACCAUUAAUUGCUUCUCCUGAGAUAAUCUAUCCAAAGGGACAACUGGAACUUAAUGCUAUGCGCCUGGCAGACGUCUUCUCAGAUGAUUCAAAUUUUCGCUCUUUCAUCAUGAUAAACUUUACGGAAGCUCUGGCGGCCAUCUUUUUACUCCCUCAUGGAGAGUUUUUGUCUGGUUGGUGUUCAUCUGAUCUUCCAGUUUGUGAAGAUGAUGCAGCUCUGGAACAUCCGGAUUCAUCUACAUUUCCUUGCAGUGUACCUCGGUCAUCCUAUGCCCAUCAGAGAACAUCUCUAUUGAUCAAAGUGAUAGCAAACCUUCACUGUUUUGUUCCUGAUGUAUGUCAAGAUGAGAAGGAUCACUUUCUCAACAAGUUCGUUCGGUUCUUACAGAAGGGGUCUCAGAAACUGUCAAAUGGGUUUUCAUCUAUUUUGGAUCCUGAAAAAACUACUACGGUUAGCAAGAAUUUAGGUUCACUGUUAAGUCAUGCAGAGUCUUUAGUUCCAAGAUUUUUAAACGAAGAUGACGUGCAGCUACUAAGGUUAUUUGUCAGUCAAUUUGAGUCUCUGAUUGUUCCUGCUGCAUCUGAAGAUCAUCUAGUUGAAGAUGCUCACAAUACAGGGGUGCGCUCUUCAUCCUUACCCAGAGAAAUAGCAGCAAAUCAUGACAACAAUGAUAUCAACAUGGAAGAGUGUAUGCGAGAGAAUGUUACUUUACAAGAGGUGGACCAAUUGGAUCAAUCUGUUGAUGGGCAAAGGAAAACUGGGACGAUGGAACUGGGUAAGUCUAAUGGAGUCCUUACAAAUUUGGCAGAUAUUGAGAGAGAUGCUCGAACUGUUGAAACUAGUGGUUCGGAUUCUAGUCCAACACGAGGAAAGAACACUAUUACUCGAGUGGAUGUUGACCACAUCAAAGGAAGUGUUCUUGAAGAAACCCUGGAGGAUGAAAAGGUCGAUGCUAUACAUUCUGAUGAAAAGCAACAAAGGAAACGAAAGCGAACUAUAAUGAAUGAUAAACAGAUAGCACUUAUAGAAUCUGCACUUGUAGAUGAACCUGACAUGCACCGUAAUUCAACCUCAUUGAGGAUGUGGGCUGACAAACUAAGUCUUCAUGGUGCGGAGGUUACAACUUCCAGACUUAAAAAUUGGCUCAAUAACCGAAAAGCUAGGCUAGCCCGUGCAGCCAAGGAUGUUCGUGUUUCAUAUGAAGGGGACAAUCUUGACAGACAAGGUUCUGGCUUGGAUUCACCCCACAGUCCUAUGGAUGAUGCUCGUGUAGCCUCUGCUGUGAGAGGGAGUGUUAGGAAUGAUGUUAUAGACACAGCAGUGCCAGCUAGUGUUGAUGAGAACUUGGGGACUUCAGUUGCAGCACCUAGGGGAUCUGGUCUAUACUUUGAGCCAGGCCAAUACGUAAUGCUUGUUGGUGAAAAAGCAGAGGAGGUUGGGAAGGGUAAGGUAUUUCAGGUCCGUGGAAAGUGGUGCGGGAGGAGCUUGGAGCAAUCUGGGACAUGUGUUGUGGACAUUGUGGAACUUUCAAUUGAUAGAUUUGCCAAGCUUCUGCAUCCAGUGGAAGCCACAGGCAACUCAUUUUAUCAGGCCGAAAAAAGACUAGGGUUGAUGCGAGUGUUGUGGGAUUUAAACAAACUUUUCCAGCUGCCGUCUCGGUGAAUUUAAAGGGAGCAUCUGCCGGAAAGGAUCUGGUUAAAUGUGUUACACUUUAGUUGCACCAGCAAGACGGUUAUAAAUGAGGCUGUAAAUAGUUAAGUGCAAGGCCUGCGUCUGGUGCUGCUAAGCACAACUUGACAGUUGACCAGUGAAAUGUUAAAAAUGCCGAGGAGGCCCUCUUUUAACGAGCAGAUAGCCACGGGCCAUGGAAAUAUGUGAUGAAUUUUGUGCAAGAAAUUGAGGGCCAUUUUGUUCCUGGGCUUCCAACUGAAUCUGUUAAGUUAAUUUAUAAUGAUUCUAUGGUGGUUAACUUGUUUUAAAUUCUUUUUGCUUUGAUCUUUUAAGUCGGCAGCUAAUGUAGCAAUCAUGUCUGACAUAUUAUAUAUUGGGAUUACAUUGUCGUAGAAUGCAGACUCCACCGGAGACGUGUGUAUUU